AUGGAAUAUCAUGCUUCUGCACCACAGCGCAUGGUGCUAUGUGCCGAUUGCGGGAUUCCUAUUGAGCCCAACAAUGCAAAUCGAUGUGUGAAUUGCCUGCGGAACAGCAUUGACAUCACAGAGUCGAUUCCAAGGCAAGCGACCAUCAACUUUUGCCGUAACUGUGAGCGGUACUUGAAUCCGCCUAAUACCUGGGUCAUUGCGCAACUUGAGAGUCGUGAGCUUCUUGCUAUUUGUCUCAAGAAGCUCCGUGGCCUCAAGUCUGUGCGUCUCGUCGAUGCUAACUUUGUAUGGACUGAGCCGCACAGUAAGCGCUUGCGCGUAAAACUCACGGUGCAGAAAGAGGUAUACACGUCGACAAUUCUCGAACGGUGUUUCGAAGUGGAAAUUCUCGUCCAGUAUGGACAGUGUCCUGACUGCACGCGACUUGCGGCCAAAAAUAUGUGGAAGGCCGCCGUGCAAGUACGGCAGAAAGUGGCACACAAACGUACCUUCUUAUACCUAGAACAGCUGAUCCUGAAGUACAAUGCACACCGCGAGACUGUAUCUGUCCAAGAAAAGAAAGAUGGUCUCGACUUUUUCUAUGUUCAGCGUGCACAUGCGAUUCGCAUGUGCGAGUUCCUUGCGAGUGUUGUGCCAGUGAGGAUGAACAAGUCCGAACAACUGAUCAGUAUGGAUGUGCACACGAGUCAGAGCAACUACAAAUUCACAUACAGCGUAGAGAUCGUGCCGUUGUGUAAAGACGACUUGAUCUGCUUGCCACUUCAUGUGGCGCGCUCUCUUGGCAACAUUGGACAGUUUGUGCUUCCCUACCGUAUAAGCAACGUCAUCAAGCUCAUUGAUCCUGUGACGCUUCAAAUGGCUGACUUGACGGCAGAAAAGUAUUGGCGCGAUCCAUUCCCUGCACUGUGCUCCAUACCAGAAAUGGUCGAGUUCCUUGUGCUGGACAUCGAGACGACAGGUACAAUUGCUCAUGGACCCCAUGGGCAAAGCAUGAGCAAGUUUAUGGCAGCUGAUGCGCAAGUCUCGCCGCUACAUGCGAGCACGUUUGGCGAGUCAGAUGCUGUGUACCAUGUACGCACACAUUUGGGCCAUAUCUUGAACCCUGGCGACACUGUCAUGGGAUACUAUCUAGCGACGGCCAACUUCAAUUCCGACGAAUGGGAUGCCAUUCCAGAAGAGCGACGGCCAGACGUGGUGCUGGUAAAGAAGAGUUACCCAGAGCGCAAGCGCCGCUCGAAACGCAAUUGGAAACUCAAGAGUAUCGCCAAAGAAGCCGAGGACCCCAGCGCUGGCGAGCAUGUUGUGGGUCGUGGUGCGCUUGGUCGCCGAGGUGGUCUAGAUUCACAGCGUGUUGAGCGUGACUACGAGCAGUUCCUGCGUGACUUGGAGGAGGACGAAGAGAUGCGCGCGAAUGUCAAUAUGUACAAGGACAAGGAACGCAUUGCACGUGACGAAGAGCGCCGUCGUCGUCGUGAAACUCGGUAUCGUGAUCCACAAGCUAUGGAGGACGAUGAGGACGACCAACAGCCGCCUCGCGACUCCUCAUCUGCUAUGGACUCGAUGGAUGAUGGCGGUGCGACGACUGACAAUGACAGUGAAUAUGGCUCCGAUAGCGAACUGCCACGUGUGCAGCUGGAUGAGCUGCUCGACGACAUGGAUGAAAUGGCCAUUGAGGAAGACUAA